UAAAGCACCUUCUGACGUGUACCCAACUUUUGACAACCAUUUCUGUUUCUCUGGAUUUCAAAAAUUUGCGUCUUCGUCUACACGCUCACGCGCCAACCAUCCAUUCGAUUUCUUUCUCCAAUUCUUCAGGAAUCAAACCUGUGCUCUGUUUUGAAAAGAUUUUCGUAUUUAAGAAACGAAAUGGCAUUGCAAGUUAGCAGUGCUACAUGCUUUUUUCGUGUUUUCAGUCAUGGGAAUAGGAGAGUUCACACGACAACAGUAAGAAGAGGCGUCGCCUCUGAGGACUUCGCUGCUUUGAAAUCGUCAGAGGAAGAGAAGCUGAAGUUGGGGGCCUCUGAAUUGAAGGUCACAAGGCUUGGGAUUGGAGCUUGGUCUUGGGGUGACACCAGCUAUUGGAACAACUUUGAAUGGGAUGAUAGAAAAUUGAAGGCUGCUAAGGCUGCAUUUGAUACUAGUGUUGACUGUGAUAUAACCUUCUUUGAUACUGCUGAAGUUUAUGGCUCUCGGCUCUCAUUGGGUGCCAUAAAUUCAGAAACUCUAUUAGGAAGAUUUAUUAAGGAAAGGAAAGAAAAGGAUCCAAAAGUGGAGGUUGCUGUUGCAACCAAGUUUGCAGCUUUGCCAUGGAGACUGGGCCGUCAAAGUGUCCUCAAUGCCCUUAAGGAUUCCCUCUGUCGUCUUGGAGUUUCUUCAGUGGAACUCUAUCAACUCCAUUGGCCUGGAGUAUGGGGGAAUGAAGGGUAUAUUGAUGGUCUUGGAGAUGCUGUUGAGCAGGGCCUAGUGAAGGCUGUUGGUGUUUCAAACUACAAUGAGAGGCGACUUCGUGAUGCAUAUGAAAAGCUUAAAAAAAGAGGAAUCCCACUGGCUUCAAACCAAGUCAAUUACAGCCUUAUAUACAGGGCUCCGGAGGAGAAUGGUGUAAAGGUUGCCUGUGAUGAACUUGGGAUAUCUUUGAUUGCAUAUUCACCAAUAGCUCAAGGUGUUCUUACGGGAAAGUAUUCGCCAGAAAAUCCACCAGCCGGUCCUAGAAGCCGGAUUUACACUCCUGAGUUUCUAACAAGGCUUCAACCUCUGCUGAACAGAAUCAGAGAAAUAGGAGAGGGCUACAGUAAAACUCCCACACAGGUAGCCCUCAACUGGCUUAUAGCACAGGAGAAUGUUGUGCCAAUACCUGGAGCCAAAACAGCAGAGCAAGCUGAGGAAUUUGCAGGUGCACUAGGCUGGAGGCUUGCUGAUGAAGAAAUAUAUGAGCUGCGCUCUCUGGCCUCAGAGAUCAGACCUGUAACCGGUUUCCCUGUUGAGAACUUGUAAUUUUUAUACAGGCAUGCAACUAAACUUACUAAAAUUAGUUAGAAAUGUAUAAUGGACUACACUUUUGUAUAUGAAUGAUCACCAAGCAAACACUUGCUGUGAUGUGUUUAGGCUUAUAAAAUAGAGUAACGUUACAGUCACAAAUUAUUUUACAACAUUUUUACAAA